AUAAAAACACAAUAUCGGGCGUUUUCGUCGCAAUCACAGAACCGAGUUCUUUUCCGCUCUUCACAAAACCUCAAAGCCUAUGGAAUCAUCCCAAUGGGUUCGGAAAUAUUGAAGGAAGUCAUGGACGCGGGGGCCGGAAAGGAAAGGACUGAUGGUAGAAAGGGGGGACAAUCAAAGGAUGCUCAAACACCGGGGGGAUCACUAGCUCGGGAAGAAUCUGAAAAGUAUUUCUAUGUGCUGUAUGCUAUGCAAAAGCUUAGUGUCCAGAUGAAGCUGCUGGGUUUUGGCAAUUUCACUAACAAGAGGACUCAUGGUAGCAAGGGGGGAGAAUUAGAGGGUCCUGGUUAUUACAAUUUGGGGAAUUUUCUUUGCGAUCUCACACAUUUCGUGGCAAAAGUGGGUUUUGAUUUUGAUUUGUUUUCCAUUGAUAGUGAUUCCGUUUAUCGGAAGAUGCUGAAUGAUGAGACCGCGACUCAUGUAAUGGAAUGGGAACCUAUGGGAUCGGAUCUCUUGGAUGAUCGAGUUGAGAAGAAGCUGCGGGAAUAUUUCAAAUUACUGGAGGACAAGGGAUGUUCUUCCUCGGAUAUGGAUGUGGCUGACAAGAACAGGACUCAAGGACAAAGCAAUAAUAUCAAGGACGAAGAAUCUGAGGACAAUGAAUCUGAGGACCAGGAAACUGAGGACGAGGAUCCGAAUCUGGCUGUUGAGAACGGCUGCGAUGGUGAAAAAUUAUUAGGUCAGAUGAAAACAAAUGAUGCUGGAGAGUCUUAUCUCCGUAUGGGCGACUAUGUGUUUGUGCAUGUGAAAGACUCUAAAAAGGAAGAAAUCAGAGACGAAGAAGAAGGAGAUGACGGUUGUCCCAUCUGUCCUGGGGACCACUGUAACUUGGAAUGCCCAUGGCGAGAUAAUGUUCCACCAGGCCAACAAGUUGGGCGUCUCUAUGACAUAAAAUGCAAGGGUUGUGGUAAGUGGGGACUUGCAUGCUGUGCUGAGGGAGGACUUGCUGUUCUCAGGAGGUGUGGUCGUUGUUUUGAUUUUGGUCACUGGGGGGACGUCUGCCCCAACUAUAAGUAUAUGCCCCUUGCGGCCUUCCCAAAUUAUCCAUGACAAAUCCGCCAUCCCCUUUCUCUUUAUGCAAGAAAUCGAAUGCGUCCUCAAAAUAACCUUUCGUGGUAUUAUUUUCCAUCAGGUUAUUCGAUCUAUUAUGACUUCCUACUCACCAAGUUGUACGUUUUUAGUAGAUGAAGGUUCUAACCUCGUAAUUAAGCUUAAUUAUUUGUGAGAAGAACAAUUUAUGAUGCUUUUAUCUAUGAGUAUUGCGUAUGGUUAUAUUUUGCUUUUC